CGUGUUCUCUUUGUUGUUCAUUCAGUUUCCUUGCUUGGCCAUAUCAAAAAGUUGCUGACGUGCAUGACGUCACAAAGAAAUGUGCCCUCGUUAAUGAGGUUUCAGCCCCCCUAGCAUCACAUCCAAACUUUCCGCUAUGACAAAUCAAUGGCAAAAUAAUUUGUAAAAAUUAAGACGCUGACUUGUUUGUAUAAAAAUUUAUGUCCAUUAGCACAAAGACGUGUCGCUAAGGUAUAUCCCGCGGCCUGGCUCUUUCUUUUAAAGCGUGCGUGUUUGGUGUAUCGUGGGGUCGCGUUGUUGCAUUUGUAUACACGCAAUGACAAUUGUGUGUUGUCAUAUUCUAUAAUUAUUCGACACCUGGGAACAGAGGCUAUAUGAAUGGGACGUUGUCUUUGGUCGUUACACUCUCAAGAACAUCAGAGCCGUCGGUGCGUGUCCAUCUGUGUGUAUUUUUAUAGUGGUGUUAACGGAUUAAUAGAAUAACUUUUCACGUGUGUGCAAGUGCAAUAUUCGAAGUGCUCCACGAUCUAGUAACUUUUAUAAAAAAAAAAAUCAUGAGGAUUUUAUUUUUCACAUUUUUGAUUUGCUCAUUUGCGACAAAUUUUGGAAAUGCUUGCGACGAGAACGAUUGUCAGGACGAUUACGAUGAAAUUGAUGACGUCAUUGCUCGCGGAGGACCAAGAUUUGCUUGCAGACCACUGAAAGAAUACGUGGACUGUCUCAAAGAUCACCUAGAGGAUUGCCCUACACAACACAGAACUGCCAUACAGAACGUCAGGUCAAAAUGGACACAGUUUAUCAGCACAUGCGCACUGACACUUCCAUUCCAAGACGAUGACAGCAGUGAGAGACUGCGUGACGAGCAAACAAGAAAUGACGAGGUUCGGAGUCAGCUGAAUGGCAUGGUAUCGCUGUCACAGUCUAACAUCAACCAAUAUGUCGGCACCCAGAGAACGGCAGGCGAUCAGGUUCUGGGGAACCUAGCCGCCGAUAAAAUAGCGGAAGGUUUGGAAAAAAUGAGAGAAAAUGUGAACAACUUGAUGGAAAAAAGCGACAACUUGCAGGACUUCGUGGGCACGGUGCGAGACAUCAUCAUUCCCAAGAUAAACAACGUUCAGCCAAUCAUUCAACAGUUGUCUGACAAAAGGAAGGCUAAAGCCGACGACGACCGAGAUGACUCCAAGGUGGAAGAUGAAGACGACAACGAAACAAACGAUGGUAAGAGUAGGAAGUCGGCCAUUCUUCCCGAUGACACCGUCAGCGUGGAGGUUUUGAGCACCAUUGUUGAUUUCCUGAACGACCAUCUUUCAGCAGACGAUGGAGAAAUCAAAACAGAUUUAGCAGACGACAGUACGGAAGACGAUCAAGAGGACAACGACGUUUCUAAUGACGUUGAUACCUCACUUGAACACACCGAUGAUAGCCACGAGGACGACAAUGAAACCAAGGAUUCCAGGGAAAAUGGCGACGACCAAACGGAUGAUUCAAGGGAGAAAGACGCAGACGUUUCAUUAGAAGUUAGUCUUGGUAGUGGUUUAUUGGAAAACUUGGUCGAAAUUGACGAAUCUGGCGAAAAUGAAGUUAACAUUUUUAAUGUCAAGAGUCUUAUUGAUGAUUCUAAUGAAAAUGACGGCGACGAAAAUGACAGCAAUGAAAAUGACGAUUAUGAGGACAAUUCUGUAGAAAAGCAGUUGCUAGAAGACAGCAACGAAAACGAUUCACAUGAUGAUGCAAGUCUUCACGAUGGUAACAGUGAUGAAAACGAUGAUCAUCAACACAGCGAGUCAGACGAUUACCAUGACGAUAGUAACAACAACAGCGAUGAAAACGAUAGAAAUAAACACGACGAAAGCAAUCAAAUUGAUGAUAGCCAUGACAAUGACGAUAGCAAUGACAACCAUGAUAGCCAUGGAGACGACCAUAGCCAUGACAAUGAUGAUAGCCAUGACAACAACGAUAGCCAUGGCGACGAUCAUAGCCAUGACAAUGAUGAUAGCCAUGUUAACAACGAUAGCCAUGGAGACGAUCAUAGCCAUGACAAUGACGAUAGCAAUGACAACGACGAUAGCCAUGGCGACGACCAUAGCCAUGACAACGAUGACAACAACGAUAGUCAUGAUAGCAAUGACAUCAACGAUAGUCGUGAUAGUCAUGACACCGAUGAUAGCCAUGACCACGAUAGUCAUGAUGAUGACAGUCAUGCCCAUGAUGAUUCACAUGAACAUGGAAGCACGACAUCCGUCAGAGAUCCAUCUACGGGUACCGCUAAUGACGGAGGCAAUUCGCGUCGAAAGUCUGGGAUGACGGUUGGUGGGGUCCACCAAUACAGCUCAAUGAAUAAAGGAAAUUCUGGCGAGUCUCUGGUUUCUACUUGGACUACGAUCAUUGUUCUCUGCGUUGCCCUAGUGAUGUAAAAACCACGUCUAAACUAAAAAAAAAUAAACCCUUACCACCAAUUCUUCCAUUCUCUAAGUGCCAUACUGCAGAGGAAGCAAGUGAUGCUUACAAACCCGUGUCUGUGUUCUGUUGGAUGUGCUACAAAAUUCGUCCUAAUUGUUGAAGAGAGUUUGUAUUUUUGUGACUGGUGCUACAUUUGAACAAAUGCUUUCUGUCUUUUUUUUCUAUUUUAUUAUUAUUAUCAAUUUUUUUUGUUUUUUUUCAAUAAAAUUAAAUUCGUUUCCUUUUAA